CGUUCGGCGGCGGCUGCGGAGCGAUGGCGGCGCCGCUGGCGGCUCCGGGCGGCGCCGGGGCCGGGCCCGGGGCCGGGGCGGCGCGGGGCGGGCGCGGGCCGGCGCUGCGGGAGGGGGCGCGGGUGUCGGCGCUGUGCCUGGCCUGGUACGGGCUGAGCGCCGGCGGUAACGUGGUGAACAAGCUGCUGCUCGGCGGCUUCCCGAGGCCCGUGACCGUGUCGCUGUUCCACAUCCUGGGGCUGUGCGGGCUCCUGCCGCCGCUGCUCCGCGCCUGGCGCGUCCCGCCCGCCGGCCCCGCGCAGCUGCCGCCCCGCGCCUACCCCCGCUACAUCCUCCCGCUCGCCUUCGGCAAGUACUUCGCCUCCGUGUCCGCGCACGUCUCGCUCUGGAGGGUCCCCGUGUCCUACGCGCACACAGUGAAAGCCACGAUGCCGAUCUGGGUGGUUCUGCUGUCGCGGAUCAUCAUGAAGGAAAAGCAGACGACAAAGGUGUACCUGUCUCUGAUCCCCAUCAUCACUGGUGUCCUGCUGGCCACGGUCACAGAGCUGUCCUUUGACAUGUGGGGCCUCAUCAGUGCACUUGCUGCUACUCUGUGCUUUUCACUUCAGAACAUCUUCUCAAAGAAGGUGUUGAGAGAUUCCCGAAUUCAUCACCUUCGGCUGCUGAACAUCCUCGGGUGCCAUGCUGUGUUCUUCAUGAUCCCAACCUGGGUUCUGGUGGAUCUUUCUUCCUUCUUGGUAGAGAAUGACUUGAGCACGAUGUCUCAUUGGUCCUGGACCUUGAUGCUGCUUAUAAUCAGUGGAUUCUGUAAUUUUGCUCAGAAUGUCAUUGCCUUCAGUAUCCUUAACCUGAUCAGCCCCCUCAGUUACUCUGUGGCCAACGCCACCAAGAGGAUCAUGGUGAUCACCGUGUCCCUGAUCAUGCUGCGCAACCCCGUCACCAGCACCAACGUCCUGGGCAUGAUGACAGCCAUCCUGGGGGUCUUCUUGUACAACAAGACAAAAUACGAUGCAAACCAAGAGGCAAAGAAGCAGCAGCUGCUCCCAGUCACCACUGGAGACUUGGUGAACUUGGAACGGCACCGAAACGCUCCUGAAAAGUCCCAGAAUGGACUGGCAGCCUUUGGGCAGCACGGAGACUUCCAGUACGGCCGCAGCAACGUCCUCACAGACCACUUCCAGUACAGCAGGCAGAACUAUCCAGCAUCCUACAACCUGAAUCGUUUUGAUAUUUAGGAUCCUGGCAGGUACAGACUGUGAUAUCAAAGUGUCCCCAGCAUUAUCAGAAAACUGUUAGUACAUCCAUGAAUGUCACGAAGCCAUUGAAGUGUGCAGGUUUGGCAGCAGGGCAGGUGCUUGUGGAGGGCAGUGGUGCAGGACCUGCAGCUGCUCCUGGGCAGAGCUUUAAACCUGGAACAGCCAGACCUGACACUGGAACCAAACCCACAGAGCAGAUUCUGGUGAGGUGCACGUGUCACUGCCCAGUGGAACAUCUGUCACUGCUCCUUUCAGAGUCUGCCAGCUCUUUGUUCUCUUGGCAGCUGAAUUCUGGCCAGUAUCUUGUUUCCAUGCUGGUAAUGUCACCUUUUACUUGUUCUCUAAUAACGGUUCAAUGAUACUUUUAAUGAAGCUUUCAGAAAGAAGUGAAAGCAAGGGGUACUUGUGCUUAUCAGGAUUGGCUGAGGUGGAUCAGCUGCAGGCAGGUAAACUCGAGUUCAUCUCCAGCAUCUGUGGAACUUCUGUGGAUAUUCACAGCUCUUGUGCCUCUGCCUUCAGUCCUGGAUGACAAACCAGAAGUGUUUCUGGAGGCAGUGGAAGGAUUGAUCUCUCCCAGAACUGCUUCAGGCACAGAAAAACUCAGUUCUCCAAAUCACUGGUCAAGGCAGAGAACAGCCAAGCCCAUUAAAAUCAUCAUUGUUUUCUGAAUCAUGUAGUCCUGUAACUCCAGACAUUGCUGUCCCUUGGCCAUGCAGGAAACUCCUUCACAAAUAAAAGUGUUUGGAAUAAUAUGAUUUUAUUUUUUUACUUGCUUCACACCUGCUCUUUCAAAAACUGUUUUGUUGCUUUAGAAAUUGAAAGGUGAAAGGUGUUUUGUUCUCAGUUUUAUGCAUAAGUUAUGCUCUCUUAUAUGAGUCAUAUAUUUUGAAUGCAUUGAUUUGAACAAUCAUCAUUAAUUGUUUCUUAAAUUUUUUUAGCCCCUAAUUGUUUGGGUUUCUAAAAUUUCUUAAUUACUGCUAUUGGAGUAGCUGUGUGGAUUUAGCCUGACUUCCAGUUCCUGCUGGAAGAAGUUAAAUUUUGUAUCCUGUGCUGUUCCUGCAACUCCCCCAGCUCGAAUAGGAAAUUCAAGAAAAAUGGUUUGAAGCAGCAGUAAAUAGAUAAUUUAUGGUUAAGAACUGAUUCAGUACAAAUUCUAGACAAGGUGAUUGUGUGUGUCAGGUACUGCAUUUGUGCAUGGAAGGGAUGAAACUUGGCUUUCACUCCUUUGAAUGAAAUUCCUUGGAAUGAAGUGAAACCCAGCUUGGAACUUGGGUUUCACCGAGUCAGAUUCUUCUGUCAUUGCUUUAGCAAAAGAUUUUAGGGGCCUUCUUUCCUUGCCAGACUGUUGUACAGUGAGACUUUGACAGCAUAAGUUUUAUGCUUUGAACCAGAGAGGUACCAGACACCAGUGAGAAAAUUCAGGGUGUGGCACAGAACACUCCUCUUAUUUAUUGCUUUACAAAUGACCAUUUCCAUGAUGUGAGAUGAUGAUUUGGCUCCUUUCUGGAUAAUAAAGAAUUUAUUUUUAAGUGCAAAAUCAAGCUGAUUUUAUUCUUUUGGCUGCUGGGGUGCUAGUUACAUGAACAGCCUUCCACCAGGGAGUCCAAAAGAGGAAAUGGUCCUUCUGAAACUUCAGAGAUGGGUUAAAAAUGCUGCUGUGUGUGAGCAGAACUUCUGGAGUUCAGUUCUGUCAGUCUGUGCAGGCUGACAACUUGGGCUUUUGGUAGAAAAUCUAAAUAAAUCUGUCCCUAACCCAGGUGAACAAGGUCAUGAGGAAACUUUCCUUCAGAUGGAAUUUCUUUUGCCUGUUCCAGUAUUAAUGUAUGUGUAAUUCCUUUUCAGGGGAAAGUGCCAAAUGUGUAUUUCUAGGUCUCACUUCCCAACAUUUCAGUGCUUUUACCUCCAAGUAACAAGGAUUUGGUGGACUCUGGAUUUGGAUUAGGUGCUGACUCUGCAAGAGACUGAUUUGAGGAUGAGAGAUUGAGGCUGAGAUUUUCAAGAGGGGCUGCAGUUCUGCAGCUGCUUUCAAAGGGAGCUGGCUGUGACCUGUUCAAUUCCUGCAAAUGUUGAAUUGUCUUUGUGCCUCAGUUUCCCUUUUGGAAAAUGGAAAUUGGGUAAUUAUUCUUCAGUAAAAAGUAGCAGUGGGGGCCCCAGAGAUAUCCAGGCACACUCUGAGUUCAUCUGUCCAUCCUCUGCCAUGUUCCUACAACCUCAGCUGCUACAGGGAGUAAAUAAAAACCAGGUCAGAGGCUUUGUUAAAUAUCUUCAGAUUUGUUUCCUGUUAAAGAACAUAACCAAACCUUUCCUGGCAAGUGUUUUCAGAGUAAGCUUGCCCUUGGCACGUUUUAUCUCAUCUUUUUCUGUAGUCUUGGCAGCAGGUGAGGGUUUCCUGUUCAGAACUGUCCCAAAUUCCAGUCUGGGCCUGUGGCUUCACUCCUGGCUCUGAAACAAAACUGCUGUGCUUGCAGGGACUGGCCCAAAAUGAGGAUAUCCCAUGAGGAUAAUGGGUCCAUUUAGGGCCCAGGGAGUGAAUCUCUUCCCUGGAGAGCUGCUGCAGGCCAGGUCUGUGGGCAGCAGGGAUGCCUGGGUGUGCUACAAGGAGGAAUUCAGAGUUGGGUGAGUUGGUUACAUGGGCUGGUUUUGCUGGAUCCCAAAUCCCAGUCCUUAAGCAAUAUUACCCACAUUCAGGGGAAGGAACUUCCUGACACUGCUGUAAGAAACAUCUGAAUCUUGGACCUCUGCAAGAUUUCUGUUUGUUUUAAGCUGGUUUGUAAUGAGGUGUGUUUGACUGUGUACACAGGUCUGUAGAAAGUACAGAAACACUGGAAUAAAGAGGGCAAAGUCCACACAA